UUCCAAUAACAAAGCGAAAGAGCGCGUAAAGAGAGAAUUGGAUAAAGAUGCCCAUAAAGCGCACGCGCCGAUAGCCUCAAUUCAAACUACAACGUUCGCUUCAGGGCUGUACAAAAAAUUAUUCGUCGGAAGAGAUCGAGGAUCCGAAAUAAAACGUAUAUAGUUAAACGGCAACGGGAAGGCGGUCGGAUUUUGAAAUGCCGGCGGAACAGCAUACAAACAUCAAGGUGGCGGUACGCGUACGGCCGUACAAUUCGCGAGAACUGGAGAAUCACAAUCAAAGAUGCAUCGUCAAGGUUAUGGAUAGAUCGGCGCUGCUGUUUGAUCCCGACGAGGAGGACGACGAGUUCUUCUUCCAGGGCACCAAGCAGCACUACCGCGACAUCACCAAGAAGAUGAACAAAAAGCUGACGAUGGACUUUGACAGGGUGUUCGACAUCGACAACACCAACCAGGAUCUCUUCGAGGAGUGUACGGCGCCGCUGGUCGAUGCUGUACUCAAUGGGUACAACUGUUCUGUGUUUGUUUAUGGCGCCACCGGAGCGGGAAAGACAUUCACCAUGCUGGGCAGUGAGGCCUGUCCCGGUCUCACCUUUCUCACCAUGCAAGAUCUCUUCGAGAAGAUCCAGAUGCAGAACGAUGUGCGAAAAUUUGAUGUGGGCGUAUCGUAUUUGGAGGUCUAUAACGAGCAGGUGAUGAAUCUGCUCACCAAAACCGGUCCCAUGAAGUUGCGAGAGGAUGCCAACGGCGUUGUGGUCAGUGGUCUUCGCCUCACUCCCAUCUACAGUGCGGAGGAGCUGCUGAAAAUGCUGGCGCUGGGAAAUUCCAAUCGAACCCAACAUCCCACAGAUGCCAAUGCCGAGAGCUCCCGCUCCCAUGCCAUCUUCCAGGUGCACAUACGCAUCACGGAGCGUAAAACCGACACGAAACGGACAGUGAAACUCUCCAUGAUCGAUCUGGCGGGCAGUGAACGAGCAGCCAGCACCAAAGGAAUCGGUGUGCGUUUCAAGGAGGGUGCCAGCAUCAACAAAAGUCUCCUGGCCCUUGGUAAUUGUAUCAACAAACUGGCGGAUGGCUUGAAGCACAUACCUUACCGUGAUUCGAACCUGACGCGAAUCCUGAAGGAUUCGUUAGGAGGCAACUGCCGCACUCUGAUGGUGGCCAAUGUGUCCAUGAGUUCCCUAACCUACGAGGACACCUACAACACUCUGAAGUACGCCAGCAGAGCCAAGAAGAUUCGAACUACUUUGAAGCAGAAUGUGGUCAAGUCCAAGAUGCCCACCGAGUUCUAUGUAAAGAAGAUCGACGAGGUUGUUGGCGAGAACGAGCGGCUCAAGGAGCGUAACAAGACACUGGAGGCCAAGGUAUCGCAGCUGGAGCGUGCCGGGAGCAAUGGCUUUGAUCCUGCAGAGAUUCAGGCUUGGUACAGCAGGAUUGAUGCUGUAUAUGCCACCGCCAAACAGCUGCAGGAGCGAGUACUUGGCAUGCGCAGCAAAAUCAAGAACAUUAACUAUCGACAGACGGUUAAAAAGGAGCUGGAGGAGUUCAGGAAACUAAUGUCCAUAGAUCAGCGCGUUUGCCAAGAGGACUAUCUUCGCUUCUUGAACUACAUGAGCACGUUGAACAAUCAAAUGGAAAAAUACAAGGAAGAGCUUCCCGCUUGGCGGACUAAAAUGGAAAGCGCCUUUCAGGAACUGGAGAGUCUGAAACGGGAGGUGAACAAGGCCAAGGCCUACCAAAUACUGAUCGUGUACGUCAAGUACAAGGAUCUAGAUAUGCAGUUGGCCAAACAGAACAUGUUCAACAACCACGUGAGUGCGAUUAACCAGGAGCUGGUUGAGAACUCCGACUUGCUGCGUAAAUCCUUCCGAGUGGCUUGCGAAGUGCUGAAUCAGGCCUAUGACCGCUUGGAGGAUGGCCAGGUGCUCACACCGGAAAUACAGUCGGCUUACGAGCGGCUGCAGCGCAAGAUGAGGUUUGCCGAGUCGGAAGCGAAAAUGGUCGAAGCGGAUUCCCUGGCGACGUUCCAGCGUUUGCAAGGUAGCAAGCCGAAUGAGGAGCAACCGGCACUUGCCAGUGUCACUGGCAGCGCCAAGAAACGUGUCAGGGAGCCGGAGACCAACGACGACGAUCUGCACCUCAGCAUGGAGGAGUUUGAAAGCCAGGACACAGACUCUGAUUCCGAUGACCUGCACAAGACCUUCAAGAGGCCGCGGAAUCUCAACGAGACGCAGGUGCUUGGCGCUUCUAAUGGUAUCUACAAGCCCAUUACGGCGACGGUAACCAAGCCCAAGAAAAUGCCCCAGCACUUGGUCACCGAUCUCCUUUCGGACCAGAAUGUCCGAGGCAGCAAUGAAGCGAUGAAGAAAGCUCUGCUCAAGUCGAAUCACUUUAGUGCUCAGGGACUAAAGCGAACACUGGCGGCUGCUUCGAUUGCGAAGGAGAAUGUCAACUAUGUCCGCAAAAGUCCAAGGGCUUUGGUGGCCAAAGCAUUAGCAGGAACUUCCACGCUUGGAAGGAAACCAAUUGGAUCAGCCACUAAAGAACCACCUGUCGUCAAAUUUAAUCGGGCGGCCUCGUUCCGCUUGAAAAAAUAAGGGGGUGAUGGGGGGUGCGUAGGUGUCCGAGGCACUCGGACCGGGAAAUAUUCGUAAUAUCCACCGCUAUUAACUUUAGAAUUUAGAUAGCACACUGACCGUUUGCUUUUAGUUUUGUACUUUGAAUUUAUUUAUGUACGUUUUCUUUUUUUAUUUUAUACGUUUUUGAGUAAGUUUAAAGAAAGUAUUGCGUUAAGCGCUUUAACUAAAAAUAUACGGCCGUUUCCUUGCCCUCA